AUGGAGAAACCCAGUGCGAUUGCUCGCGAGUAUACAAGUGGACGUCGGCCAAAGGAUUGUCUCAGCCUGAUCCCAUCAUCGGACAAGGACAUCCCGAUCCCAAGAAGUGGAUAUUACGGCCAGGAACUGGAUAGGACCAGCGUGGAACCCCAGCCCACGAUCGAGAGCUUGUUGAUCACGGAUCGCAAGCUGCUCACCACAUGGGGGUCUGGAUUCAGUACCAAGGGCUUCUGA